AUGGUUGAAUUCAGAAGCUCCUCUGACAAAAAUACCAAUGCCAUGAAUAAAGUAAUCAUUGGGUUUCGCUCUUCUUUGCAAGCUGAGAAUGAUGCACUCUCCCUUGUUCAUUCCAAAAUUAAAAUGGAGAAUACUGAACUCACUUCCUCCGUCCUUUCAAACAUUGAAAAACUGCAAGAAGACUUGGCAGUUGAAAACAAGAUAAUAGACGAGUUGGCUGAGAAAACUCAUAAGGCCAAGGUCCUUUCUGUCAAACUGAAUACUGCUACCAAGCAUGUUGAUGAUCUUGAGACCGAGAGGACAAUUGUUAACAAUUGUGUUUCAGAAAUCUAUCAAUAUUUGAUGAGGCUUGUACUCGUGACUCCUUGUUGA